AUGGCAAGCAUUAUGAAGAACUCCAACUCGCUGCGCAAGGCGCUGCACACGGGUAAUGGCCUGUCAUUUGGCGCAUGGCAGAUGCUGCCAGGAACGCAUCUGUCCAGGACCAUCGCCCGGUGUGGCUUUGACUGGGUGUGCAUUGACACUGAGCAUGGCAAUAUCGCAGACGAUGCAAUGCACGAAUCAGUCCAUGCCGUAGCCUCAACCGGGGUCUCCCCCAUCGUGCGCAUCCCAGCAAACGAAGGAUGGAUGGUGAAGAGAGCCCUUGACGCCGGAGCUCACGGUAUCAUCGUGCCACUUUUGUACACGGUCGAAGAUGCGAAAAAACUCGUCGAAGCGUCGAAAUUCCCGCCCAGGGGGCGGAGAGGAUUCGGGAGCCCAUUCUCUAUGGGCGCAUUCGACAACUCUGGGAAUCUGAGCGGAUUCGAGUACAUGAACGCUGCAAAUGACAAUCUUUUGACGAUUGUUCAGAUUGAAACCAAAGAAGCAUUCGAGAAUGUCGAGGAGAUUGCAAAGGUUGACGGCAUAGACGUGCUCUUCAUCGGCCCCUGGGAUCUUGGUAACAAUUUAGGCUACCCUGUCCAGGGAGACUUUGCACCGGAGCUCAAAGAGGCGAUCGCACGUAUCCUGAAAGCCGCCCAAGACGCCGGUAAGAAGUCGGGGAUUUAUUGUCCCUCGGGUGAAUUUGCUCGUCGUUACGCAGAUCAGGGCUUCCAGAUGAUCAGCGUUGUGAACGACAUGGGCGCGAUUCCGACCGCGUUCACGGAAGGUCUGUCCAAAGCGAAAGGGACUUGGGGUCACACGGCCGCGCAAGCUGUGAAAGGGGCAGCGUAG